AUGGGAGAUGGUUAUGAAGAUAAGAUGCGACUGAUGCUGGAGCAAGGAUGGAACGAAAAGAAGGAGAAGAAGCAGACGAAGGAGAAGAAGGAGAUGAAAAAUAAGAAGAAGUUAGCGAGAAGCUUUCGUGAAGCUGCUUCUGCACCCGAGCCUUCCAUUCCGCACUACCGCAGUGACGCAAUGCCAGGCGCGCGCCGCCACCGCCACCGCCACCGCCACCGCCGGUGCACGGCGCGCGCGGUGACGCCCCCGCCGACCACCGCCCAAAGCGCCCAGUUGCCCAAGCGCCAGAUGACCACCGUACUACUCCACCGCCGCCGCCACCGCCGCCGCCGCGAGGCGGGCGGGUUGGGGGCGGCCGUGACCCGCUUGUGCCGCGGGCCCUUUCGGCCCGCUUCGCCGCCGCCGCCCACCGCCGCCGCGGCUCUCAGUGCGGGGCCUGCGGCGGCGCGGAGCCGAGGGCGCGCCGCAGCGCAGCGCAACGAGGAGUGGAGGGAGCGGCAGUGGCAGGGGGCUCGAGGCGCGGAGGUGAGCUCGCGGGGCCCGGCCGCCCAGCGCAGCGCACCGCAGCGCAACCCUAGUGAAUUGUGGCUGCGCAUGCCGGAGCAGGCGCAGCAGCAGCAGGCGCAGGGGGCGCCGCCGCCGCCGGGCGCGGGCCUGCGCCGGGGCUUCCCCGACCUGGGCCUGAGCCUGAGCGCGGGCGCCGACCCCAUGCUCAAGUGGCUGCAGCAGCAGCAGCAGCAGCAACAGCAGCAGGCGGCGGGCGCCGGUCCCGCCGCCGACGCCCACGCGCACCCGCACCCCGCCGACCCGGCCGCCUUCGCCCCUGAGGGCCGACACCAGAGCAGAAGCGGCUGGCGUGCUUGCCGCCAGCGACCGCGCCAAAUAAAGCUGUCGAGCAUACUCAAUCCCUGCGGCGGACCGGCCGGGGCGGCGCUGUCGCCCAUCCCGGAGGGCGUGGCGGAGGGCGUGCCGCGGCCCGUGUGGCCCCGAGCGCCGUCGUCCACGUCGUCGUCGUCGUCUGCGUCGUCGCGGGGCGGGGACCCCGCCGCCGAGGAGGCGCUGCGCCGCCUGUCGCUCACGCUCUCCGCCAGCCACCACCUGGAGCGCAUGACGCGCGCGCUCGGCCACAGCUGCUCCUCCAGCGGCCAGGGCAGCGGCGCCAGCACCGCCAGCACCACCAGCAGCGUGCGGGAUGUUGUAGAAGAGUGUUCUUACAUUCGGUCAUCACGGAAAAAACACGCUUUGAUAGACCCAUCUGGCCGUAUUGGCUUCCCAGAGUAG